AUGUCAAAGGAAGAACUGUUGGAUAAACUUAAUGUGUAUUUGAACGACAGACAACUUGCCGUACAGACAAAAAAUGGGGAUGCAGACGGAUUUUCAGUUCAAAAAUCGUUAGACUCAAGUUUGAAGAAAAACACUGCAUUUAUGAAAAGAUGUAGAACUUCUUUAACUGCUGAUAAUUAUGAUUUAUUUAUUAAAGAAAUUAAGUCUCUUUCGUUGGAAAAAUUUGUACCUGAAAUCAUUUUAUCCAUUACUGAAGGACUUUCAAAAUGCAGAUCCGUCAAGGAUAUCCAAGCCGCUGUGAGAAUAGUAUUUUUCCUUUAUCAAAGAUUUUCGGUUUCAUUUAUCAGACCGCUAUUGGCAAACCUGUAUUCUAUGUUAUAUCCUUCACCAGCGGACUCGAUCUCAGGAAACCUUAGUAGAUCCUCAUCAGCCGUUACAGUAUCGGAAUCAAUUUCCAACAAAGGAACUAGUGUAAAUAUUGCAAAAACAAGAGCACUUCUUAGAAUAUUUGUGGAAUUCUGGCUUCAUGGACUUGUCCAUGUUCCCGAUGAUUUUAAAGAUUUCCUUCCUGCUGUAUAUGCUUCUGGGAAAAAAUUUCGUAAGGGUUUGUUUGAAGAAAAAUCACUUCAAACUCCAUUAGUUGUUAUAUUGGUGGAAGAUGUGCUUGCUGCUCCCUCCAAUUUUUCUUUAUUACCUAUCGUUUCCUCAUUAGUCAAGUCAUACAAGUACGAACUGUUUUCUUCUGAUGAGGCAUUACCAGGGGAAAGUGAAAUAAAUAAAUGUAUUAAUAGAGUUUGUGAUUCUCACUGGCGACUUCAACUUCGAACCUCACUUGGCCGUUAUUACCAAGAUUUAAUUGGCUAUAUUGAAAGUCGUCAACAUGAAUUUGAAGAGUAUCGGGAUCAACUCAGCGAACGAGACUUUUUAGAGAACACCUUAGAGGGUACUUCGAAUAAAGCUGAGGAUUUCUUGAAGUCUAUCGAAGGCGAUAUUGCAAAUGAAAUGCAAGAUUCUUUUUAUAAAAAAAGAGAAGAAGUAAUGAGUAUACAAAAUAACAUACUUAAUGCUGAGAUUCUUGUUCAGACAGGUGCUGUUCAGUUGUGGGAUUCCGAAGAAGAACAUCAAUUCUACGAAACUUUUCCUGAACUGCCGAAUUUAGAACUUGCUGAGAAAAAAAGCUUUGAGACCAGUGGAGACCAAGAGGUAAAAGCAGAGGCCUCUGUGGAAGAUUCUCAAAAACAUACAAAACCAUCCAAAUCUGUUAGCGUCAAGAUUGAUAAUCUUUUGCAAGCACUACCAAAUUUUAUGUCCGCUGAACAAGUAGACCAAGCUGCUUUAGAAUUUCUCUUUUUGAAUACUAAGGCUUCCAGAAACCGCGUUAUUAAGGCAUUUUGUAAUAUUCCAAGAACAAGCUCUUUCUUGGUUCCUUAUUACAUACGGUUUGCUAGAAUUAUGACGCCUGUUGCUCCGGAUAUUGCAUCUGCUCUUGUAGAACAUGCUCGUGGAGCAUUUCGUCGUAUGAUGAAUAGGAAAGCAAAACACGAAUAUGAUACUAGGACGUUGAUAGUUCGCUACAUUUCAGAACUCACAAAAUUCCGCCUAAUGUCUUUUUCUCAUGUGUUUGAAUGUUAUAAGAUGUGUCUGUUGGACUUUACUUCUUUUGAUUUGGAAGUAUUGUCCUUACUUUUAGAAAACUGCGGUCGAUUCCUAUAUAGGUUUCCCAAAUCUUCUCUACAAAUCUCUUCAUUUUUAGAAGUUGUCCAAAAAAAGAAGUUAGCUGCCGCUCUACCUUCUCAAGAGCAGUUAAUAUUAGACAAUGCUCUUUAUUUUGUGAACCCACCAAAGACAAGCUCGGAAAAGGUCAGGAAACGCCCCUUAAAAGAAGAGUUUUUGAGAUUCAUCUUGCACAUACGUUUAAGCGAAACGAAUCUAUCUGCUACUAUAGCUUUGCUUCGAAAAUUUGAUUGGAAAGCCGAUUUUGAAAUACUAUACUCAACUUUUAUGGAAGUAUGGAAUAUGAAAUACGAGUGCUUGAAUUCAUUUGCAAGUUUAAUUGCAUCAUUAUAUAAGACACAUCCUGAUUUUUGCAUUUAUGUCAUUGAUGAUACGGUGGAUUCACUAUUAACAUCCAUAGACUCUGGCAGUUUUGGCGAUAGCCAGAAACGAUUGGCACAAGCAAAGUUUUUAGCUGAGCUUUAUUGUGUAAGAUUACUGGAUGUAAGGUCAAUAAUCGGAAUCUUAUUUUAUUUGCUUCCCCCAGAUAAGUUUCAAAGCAUUCUUCAGUUUUCGCCAACUGCUGCCACAAAUAAAGAAAAUGAAUUGUUUCGACUUCGCAUGAUAGCACUUCUUUUGUCAACUUGUGGCUCUUCGCUUGUACGGUCGAAGACCAGAAAAACGAUGCUCACGUAUUUAUUGGCCUAUCAAUGCUAUUUCCUGGCCCAACCGGAAGUUCCUUUAGAUAUGCAGUUUGAGUUUGAUGAUGUGGUUCCAAAAGUUCGUCCUAGUAUGAAGGUGCACAAGAGGUUUGAUGAAGCAUGGACCGCUUUGAGUGAAAGAAUACAGAGCGGAGUAGACGAUCAUGAUCAAGAUGAUGAAGAUGGUGGCUCUAUUCUCCAGUCAGAAAAGUCAAAUGAAAGUGAAAAUGGACACGAAGCUAAUGACUGGGAUGAUAACGAAGAAAAUGAGGAUUCAUCAGAUGACUCGGAAAGUGAAGAGGAAAUCAGCAUGGAUAUGGAUGAUCCUGAACUCUUCAAUAGCGAAGAGGAAUUAGACGAAGAGCAUAUUCACACAAUGGAAAUUGAUGAAGAAUUAAGUCGGAUGAUGAAUGAUAGUUUAUCAUCGAGAGCACACGAAAGGGGGAUUGCUUUUGAUGUUCCUCUCCCUUUGAGAAGCACAAGCGGAGACACGUCCUUUUCGGACCUAAACAACUUGUCAACUGAAAACGAAGAAAACGUGAAGUUUACACUCUUAACUAAAAAAGGCAACAAACAACGCUCUCAGGUGUUGGAUGUACCUUACCAUUCGGUGCUAGCUCAGUCUACCAAAUCAAGGCAAGAAGAAGAACUGAUAGAAAGGAAACGCAUGAAAGAAAUGGUACUAAACUAUGACUAG